UCUCUUUCACCGUCUCUCCUGCCUGCCCUUCUCCCUGCAAGGAGCCUCUCUCCUCUCUGCGGCUCUCCCUGUCUAGGGUUACUCGCCUUUUGUGCAGCGUCUGACUGUAGCUGAAAGAGCAGCUCCCCUUUUCACAUCUUCACCUCUUGUUUCCCCCUCCUCCCCAAUCCUCUGUUCCCCUCGAUAAUGAGGAUCCCGUUGGGGCACUAAAGAGGUGUAAGAAGAGCUUGCUUGGCGUGCCCGUGUGGGGCUGCUCCCUUCUUUCCCGCUCCCCUCCCCAGAGGGGGGCCUGGCCCCCGACCAGCCUUCUGCUCCUCCAGCGAUUGCAAGCCAGAGUGGUGGCUGCGGUGUGGCAGGCGGCAGGAUGACGGACACCCGGCGGAGGGUGAAGGUUUACACGCUAAAUGAGGACCGCCAGUGGGAUGAUCGAGGCACAGGGCAUGUGUCCUCUUGCUACGUGGAGAGGCUCAAGGGCAUGUCCCUGCUAGUCAGGGCAGAGAGUGAUGGCUCUCUUCUUUUGGAGUCCAAAAUUAAUCCGAACACUGCAUACCAGAAGCAACAGGAUACCUUGAUUGUGUGGUCUGAAGCUGAAAAUUAUGAUUUGGCACUUAGCUUUCAAGAAAAAGCGGGUUGUGAUGAAAUAUGGGAAAAAAUAUGUCAGGUCCAAGGCAAAGACCCUUCUGUCGAUAUUACUCAGGAUCUUGUUGAUGAAUCUGAGGAGGAACGCUUUGAUGAUAUGUCAUCACCAGGUCUAGAAUUGCCAUCCUGUGAACUCAGCCGACUAGAAGAAAUCGCAGAACUUGUGGCAUCUUCGCUGCCUUCACCGUUACGUCGUGAAAAACUCGCACUAGCACUGGAAAAUGAGGGUUAUAUUAAGAAGCUCUUAGAAAUUUUUCAUGUGUGCGAAGACUUGGAGAACAUUGAAGGACUACACCACUUAUACGAAAUUAUUAAGGGAAUCUUCCUUUUGAACAGAACUGCACUUUUUGAAGUCAUGUUUUCCGAGGAAUGUAUAAUGGAUGUAAUUGGAUGCCUAGAAUAUGAUCCGUCUUUAUCACAGUCACGGAAACACAGGGAAUUUCUGACUAAAACAGCAAAAUUUAAAGAGGUGAUACCUAUAUCUGAUCCAGAGCUGAAGCAAAAAAUACAUCAGACAUACAGAGUACAGUAUAUUCAAGAUAUGGUCCUACCCACUCCCUCAGUUUUUGAGGAAAAUAUGCUAUCAACACUUCAUUCUUUCAUCUUUUUUAAUAAAGUGGAAAUAGUUGGCAUGUUACAGGAAGAUGAAAAAUUUCUGACAGACUUGUUUGCACAACUAACAGAUGAAGCCACAGAUGAGGAGAAAAGACAGGAAUUGGUAAAUUUUCUGAAAGAGUUUUGUGCAUUCUCUCAAACACUGCAACCUCAAAAUAGAGAUGCAUUUUUCAAAACUUUGUCAAAUAUGGGCAUACUGCCUGCACUAGAAGUCAUAUUGGGUAUGGAUGAUGCACAAGUACGAAGUGCAGCCACUGAUAUAUUCUCAUAUUUGGUUGAAUACAACCCUUCCAUGGUACGAGAAUUUGUCAUGCAGGAAGCACAGCAGAAUGAUGAUGAUAUAUUACUCAUUAACCUCAUUAUAGAACACAUGAUUUGUGACACAGAUCCAGAACUUGGAGGAGCAGUGCUACUUAUGGGUUUGCUUCGUACUUUAGUUGAUCCAGAAAAUAUGCUUGCCACUGCCAAUAAAACAGAAAAGACAGAGUUCUUGGGUUUCUUCUACAAACAUUGUAUGCAUGUUCUGACAGCCCCUUUAUUGGCCAAUACUACAGAGGACAAGCCUAGCAAAGAUGAUUUUCAGACAGCCCAACUCUUGGCAUUAAUACUGGAAUUGCUAACUUUCUGUGUAGAACAUCAUACCUAUCACAUAAAAAACUACAUUAUUAACAAAGAUAUCCUGCGAAGGGUACUCGUUCUCAUGGCCUCAAAGCAUGCUUUCUUGGCAUUGUGUGCCCUGCGUUUCAAGAGAAAGAUAAUUGGGCUAAAAGAUGAAUUCUACAACCGUUAUAUAAUGAAAAGUUUUUUGUUUGAACCCGUGGUCAAAGCAUUUCUAAAUAAUGGUUCCCGUUAUAAUCUGAUGAACUCUGCCAUAAUAGAGAUGUUCGAAUUUAUCAGAGUGGAAGAUAUAAAAUCAUUAACAGCUCAUGUAAUUGAAAAUUACUGGAAAGCACUGGAAGAUGUGGAUUAUGUGCAGACAUUCAAAGGACUGAAACUUCGAUUUGAACAACAAAGGGAAAGACAAGAUAAUCCAAAACUUGACAGCAUGCGCUCCAUUUUGAGAAACCACAGGUACAGAAGGGAUGCAAGAACCCUUGAGGAUGAGGAGGAAAUGUGGUUUAAUACUGAUGAGGAUGAUAUGGAAGAUGGAGAGGCAGUGGUGCCCCCUUCUGACAAGCCUAAAAAUGAUGAAGAUAUUAUGGAUCCUAUCAGUAAAUUCAUGGAACGAAAAAAAUUGAAAGAGAGUGAAGAAAAGGAAGUUCUUCUGAAAACUAAUCUUUCAGGUCGUCAGAGCCCGAGUUUCAAACUUUCUUUUUCCAGUGGUACAAAAUCUAAUCUUACCAGCCAGUCAUCUGCAAGUAAUCUGCCAGGAUCCCCUGGGUCCCCUGGGUCUCCAGGGUCCCCUGGCUCACCUGGAUCAGUUUCUAAAAGCACAUCUCAGAUGGCAGCUAUUACAACUAAGGGAGGCCUUGUUGGGCUUGUAGAUUAUCCUGAUGAUGAUGAAGAGGAUGAUGAAGAUGAAGAUAAAGAGGAAACUUUACCUUUGUCAAAGAAAGCAAAGCUUGAGUCAUCAUAAUGGCAACUGCUGAAGAACAUUACCAGUUGGGGAAGGAUUUUUUUUCCAAAAACAAAACAUACCCACAGCAAAGCAGCAAUCUUUUGUGAAUUACUGUGUAUGACACAGAUCAACCUAUACAAAUGGAUUUCUGCCAAUCAAGUGCCAAUUCAAAGGAGCAGAAGAAGGAGAAAUACUUCAUUUAGGGGAAAGACUUAUGCCUUUGAGCUCUCCAGCUUGGACCACAUGUUGCCCUUUUCUCAGGGAAGGAAAUGGAAAACAAAACAAAACAAAACAAAAAACAACAAAAAACAAACAAACAAACAAAAAGCCAACAGGGCAGGAGUUUUGUUAGUGGAACUCUGGAUUGGCUGGUCAGUUGCUACAAUCAGAAUAUGCUUUCUUGGACCAUGUAUGAGACUUCUGAAGAAAAGGCGGGUUUUGCCAUAAUUCUUCACUAGUUAAGAAUGCCAGCAGUUUCUUUGUAUAAAAGAGACCUGCCUUUGAAAUCGUACAUUCUGAACAUUUUACUCGAGCUACAACAGGUUUUAAAAACCUCUGUGGGGGAGGGCCGAAUAUAAAGUUUCCUCUUUUUUUUUAAAUCUGUUCCCUUUGCCCUUUAAACUGCAGAAAUUUUUUUUGAGGUGGGGGAUUUGUUUGUCCCUUCUUGAUUAAAGAUUGAGUGGAAUUCUA